AUGGAGAGAGGAUUAAAAGUUAUUAUUUUUACAGGAGACCAAAAUAACAUAGGAGGGACUUGUGUUAACGUUGGAUGCAUCCCCAGCAAGGCACUCCUAUACGCCACAGGCAAAUACAGAGAGUUAAAAAAUAUGGCCAAGCUGUAUACAUAUGGCAUUUACACGGAUGCAUUCAGCAAAAAUGAAAAGAAAGAUCCUGUUGAAAGAAAUCAGUUUCUAGCUGACAGUGUUCAUAUAGACAUCGCAAAGUUGAAGAAGUACACACAAAACGUAAUUAACAAAUUAAAGGGAGGAAUUGAAAAUGGAUUGAAAAAUAAAAAAUUUUGCAAAAAUUCUGAACAUGUGCAGGUAAAUUAUGAACGUGGUCAUAUAGUGGAGAAAAAUAUUAUUAAAGGAGAAAAAAGUGGAAAGGAAUACAAAGUGAAAAAUAUAAUCAUAGCAACAGGGUCCACUCCACAUAUCCCAGACAAUAUCGAAGUGGAUGAAAGAACUGUUUUUACUAGUGAUCAAGCAGUGAAAUUGGAAGGACUGCAAAAAUACAUAGGGAUAAUCGGCAUGGGAAUAAUAGGAAUUGAAUUUACAGACAUUUACACAGCCCUGGGGUCUGAAAUCGUCUCCUUUGAUUACUCUCCUCAGUUGUUACCAAUGCUUGAUGCUGACGUGGCGAACUACUUCGAACGUGUGUUUAUUAAGUCCAAGCCGAUGCGUAUGCACCUGAACACUAGCAUUGAGUACGUGCUGCCAGCCAGGGGUACCCAGCCGGUCAUCAUCGGUCACAGGGAGAGAAACAGCAGGGAAGAGGCCACCCCAGGUCACGUCAAGAAUCAUAUCAGGGAAACACGUGUAGACAGCUGCCUAGUGGCUACAGGAAGGAAACCCAACACGAGUAAUAUGGGACUCGAACAGUUGCAAAUACAAACGAAUAGAGGAUACGUGUGUGUGGACGAACAUCUGAGGGUGAAGGGAGAAAACCAAAGGGUGUACGACAACAUAUUUUGCAUAGGAGAUGCCAAUGGGCGGCAGAUGCUGGCACACACGGCGUCGCACCAAGCGCUGAAGGUGGUCGAUUGGAUAGCAGCCAAGGGGGACGAGCCACACAAGAGUCUCCACUCGAGCGAUUCACACAGCGGUGUCCCCUCGAGCGAUUCACACAGCGGUGUCCCCUCGAGCGAUUCACACAGCGAUGUCCCCUCGAACGGUUCCCGCAGCGAAUGGGCUAGUAAACCAAUCGUAUACAGGAACAUCCCCUCGGUGUGCUACACCACCCCUGAGUUGGCAUUCGUGGGACUCACGGAAAAGGAAGCCAAGAAGUUACACCCCCCAGAAAACGUCGGCACAGAGAUCUCAUUUUACAAAGCCAACUCUAAGGUCCUCUGUGAACAUAACGAUGUCAGUUUUCCAGAACUCUCCAAAAAUAAUUCAUACAACAAAGGGAAGUAUAACAGUGUCGAUAAUACAUGUGGAAUGGUGAAAAUUAUUUACCUAAAGGAUAGCAAAGAAAUUUUGGGACUAUUCAUCGUGGGUAGUUAUGCUUCCAUUUUGAUUCACGAGGGUGUGUUGGCUUUGAAUCUGAAGCUGUCCGUGAUUGACUUGGCUCACAUGGUUCACUCGCACCCCACCAUUAGCGAGGUCCUCGACACGGCCUUCAAGGCCAUCGCGCGGCUACACAUUGCAGGGCUUAAAAAUGUUAAAAUUUUCACUGGAGGUAGAGACGACGACCCCUGGGUGGAGGGGGUGGAACUUGGCAUCUGUAAUGAAUUUCUGAUUCAGGUGUUCGAAGAGAAGCUGGUCAGGAUGCUUCGUCAGACCAAACUCUAG